AUUUUUCCGAGAAAGCCAUUGUUUCAGUUGAUGAUGGUGAUGAUAUCUCUUCACUUCUCUACUCCGCCGCUAGCUUUUCUCAAAUCUGAUUCCAAUUCCAGAUUUCUCAAGAACCCUAAUCCUAAUUUUAUCCAAUUCACCCCAAAAUCCCAACUUCUUUUCCCCCAACGUCUCAAUUUCAACACCGGAACAAAUUUAAACCGGCGAACUCUGAGUUGCUAUGGGAUUAAGGAUUCAAGUGAGACAACGAAGUCUGCGCCGUCAUUAGACUCCGGCGACGGUGGCGGCGGAGAUGGUGGUGAUGAUGAUAAAGGUGAAGUGGAGGAAAAAAACAGACUUUUUCCGGAAUGGUUGGAUUUUACCUCGGAUGAUGCACAGACUGUGUUUGUGGCUAUAGCUGUAUCGUUGGCGUUUCGUUAUUUUAUCGCAGAACCAAGAUAUAUUCCUUCUUUGUCUAUGUAUCCUACUUUUGAUGUUGGAGACAGAUUAGUUGCAGAGAAGGUGAGUUAUUAUUUCAGGAAGCCUUGUGCAAAUGAUAUUGUCAUCUUUAAAAGUCCACCAGUUCUUCAGGAAGUUGGGUAUACUGAUGCCGAUGUAUUUAUUAAACGGAUUGUUGCCAAAGAAGGUGACCUUGUGGAGGUACAUAAUGGGAAACUGAUGGUUAAUGGUGUUGCUAGGAAUGAAAAAUUCAUCUUAGAGCCUCCUGGUUAUGAAAUGACACCAAUUAGGGUACCGGAAAAUUCAGUCUUUGUGAUGGGUGAUAACCGGAAUAACAGUUAUGAUUCGCACGUAUGGGGUCCUCUGCCUUUGAAGAAUAUUAUUGGACGGUCGGUUUUUCGGUAUUGGCCACCAAACAGAGUAAGCGGGACAGUGCUAGAAGGUGGCUGUGCUGUGGAUAAGCAAUAGAACAUAUUGUAACGUUUUGAUUCGGCAUGUCUUCAUUUGAAACACUUGUGCAGAUAAAAACGAAAACAAUGUACCUUUUUAUGAAGGAGAGAGUUGCACAUUUGAAUUAGAUUGCAGAUUAAUGAGGAAACAAGAAAUUCUUAUUUGCAAAAUGGAGAUAUGAUGAAAAUUUGUUUACUUGGUAACGAGUUUACAGGUCUUGUGAGUGAAUUCUAUGGGUUUGGAAGUCUUGGAGGAGGAGAUGAAGAAAGAGCAUGAUACGUGAUUCUCGUGCUUCGACUUGACUAGCUUCCCCAAUAGAUUACCUCUUGAUCUGAUCUCAAACUCCAGCUUCACUGGAACUUUACCCUUCUUGUCGGAAGCUGCUAAGUGUGGUCCUGCUCCAUACAGAGGAACCUCUGCGCCAGUGAGCUUUACAAUUGAUAUGUGCUUACUCUUUCUUGG